UGCUUUGGCAACGACAAACAGCAACAACGCUAAAGCGAAGAGACUGCAGCAGGGGUUGUUUUUUUCCUGUCUUAAGCUCCAAGAGACGUCUUUGAGACGGGCUUCAGACCACACUUCAACAUGCGCUUAACUGGGGUGUCCCUUCCCAGUACACCAAUUUCAGGGGUGGCAUCUCUGGCUGCAGUGCCACCUCGACGCCAGUAUGCCGUCACCCCCCUGGCCCUGCCAGCUGUGUGCCCAGCGGUGAUCCCAUUGUCCGUUAAUCAGUGUGGUGCCCGAAUGAAUCCCCUUCGUCCUUCUUCAGGGAAGAGGAGGACAGUGAGCCUGGAGACCUUAGCAGCUCACCAUUUUAAUCAACAGAGGACUGUAGUCAUGCAACAGAAAGAGUACAACAGGUAUCACCAGGGCUGGCAGAGACCUUUUUAUGGUUCACGGGCAGAAAAGGAGGAGUAUCGGAAGGAAAUACGAGAUCUCCUUAAAAGACAGAUGCUAGAGAAAUGGGAGCAGCAGAGACAACUACGGAGCAGCUUGUCGAGAGAGGCGGAAGAAGCGCAAGAAGCGGACCGUCUGGCCCUGAGCCGCGAUUUUCAGCAGAAUGUCGCGCACGCGCAAAUACUCCGCACCUUUCGGGAUGAAAACAAAAGACUCAUGGAGCAGAUAUGGCACCAGAGGAGUCUGUCUCGCUUACAGGAGACCACAAGGGAAAGAGAAUUGCUGCAGUACAACCCCCUCAACUGGAGCGGCACACUCAAAUAGACAACAUGGCACCAGACUGCAUCAGCCUUACAUUGAUUAACACACACACACACACACAAUAUAUCUACCACUGAUAUCUAAUGAAGUCAACCACGGCUCCUGCUUUUCAGAUGGAGGCAAGCCCAGUCUUUCUGAGGUGCGAUGCAGUAUCCACAGGGGUCGUGUAACACCUUUUGCCUUCUAAGCUCUGUGGCCCAUGACCAUCGAGGUGGACCGUAUGCCCAACUUGACAACACUCACCAGGCAGCUAGGAAAGGCCCUACGGCUUGUGGGAUACUUGCUUUCUUCAAAAGCCUCUUUUCUUUCCAUUCACACAGAUCAUCUUUACAUGAUAGAUAAAUCGGCACCUUUCACCUUUUUACAUUUGCAUGGCUGAUUCCCUGCUGAUGCUUCAGUAGCUAAUGUAGGAUUACAAAACAACUCGUGAAGGCUGACAUUAAUAUCAAAGAGAGAAUCGACAUACAGUUUUAGUUCACCUGAGUAGAACAAACUAUUUCAUCACAUAUAGUUAAAUUACAACUUAAUGAACACUGAAGGGUUAGAGCAGGGGACCCCAACUCUGGUCCUGGAGGGCCACAAUGCUUGCAGGUUUUCAUUCUAACCCUUUUCUUAAUUAGUGACCUAUUUUUGCUUCUCUUUUAAAUUUGUUUUAAUUGACUUGUUUUAAAACCUGCAGCCGCUGAGGCCCUCCAGGACCGGAGUUGGGGACCCCUGGGUUAGAGCCUAGCCCACUACUGAAACUGGCAUAUACGUCUGAGUGGCCAAUACUAUUUCCUUCAUGUGCCACAAACCAAAACCAGUGACCAUGAGUGGGCACGCGGAGCUGCAGCCCCAUUGGGUUAAAGCUGAACUGUGCCAAUCAAUAACUGUCAUUUUCAAAUUUUAUUUACUAUAUGUAACUAAUACACUGUAGUUACUUACAUGCUUUUUCCAUAUAACUAUGAUAGAAGACAAGUAAAGAAGCGAAUAUGCGGGCAUUUAUAGAGCGGUGCCAACUGUCUAAGUCGAAGUAUUACUGUUCUUCACUUUCCUAGUAUUUGAGGUUAUGGAGAACCAACAAUGCAUCAUGUGCCAGAAUCCGUGAAUCACAGUACACAUCCACACACCCUGAUCAAAGAGGAGUCACAGAUGACGAGUGUGCGCUUUUUCUUCCUUUUUUGCCAACAUGUUUUUCGACGGGUGCCAAAACAGCAGUAAUGAGAACUGAUACUUCAGUGCGUUAUUUUUUUAUGGGGUGAAUUUUGUUGUGAUGCAUCUUUUCUGUGCAAGGAGUGUGAAUUACAGUAUCUGUUCACUAAGAA